AUGGACGAGCUGCCGGAGGCAACUUGGAAGUUUCUACGCAGCCGCGAAAGCCGAAAGGAUGGCACCUCGGCCUCCGCAGCCUCUGCAGCCUCCGCAGCCGCACUGCGCAGGGCGCCGUGCUUGAAAAACCUCGCAAGCUUCCAAUGGGCGGGCGUGAAACGCAUCUUGGAGCUGGGCAGAUGUUUGCUUGCUGAUGAGAUGGGCUGUGGCAAGACUGCGCAGGCCUUGGCAUGUUUGGCGGCCUUCGACGCCUGGCCGGUGCUGAUUUUGGUCCCUGCUUGCCUGCGGUUGGUUUGGGCCGAGGAGGUGGAGAAGUGGCUUUGCGGGCUGCUGCAGCCGCGGCACAUUCACAUCAUCCACAGCUCCGACGACAUGCUGCCGAAUACAGACGAUCUGGGCGAGAUGAAAGUCUGCAUCGUGUCCUACACCAUGACAAGGUUGCUCUUCGAGAAUUUGAAGCGUCCUUGGAAGGUGGCCAUAGUCGAUGAGUCACACAACUUGCGCAACGUCAGAAAUGCAAGCAACGCAAGCAACGCAAGCAAGACGACGUCCAGAACCACUAAAGCUGUUCUGGAGCUGCUCCGGCCAGUACCACGGCUCUUGCUGCUCUCCGGCAGUCCAUCGCCUAGCAGCUACUUGGACGUCUUCACGCAGGCCAACUUGUUGUGUCCAGGUCUUUUGGGGAGCUAUGGAACCUUUGCAGCCGACUACGAUGAGCCUUCUUUGUCAAAUGCGGGCUAUCUGGAGCCGGGCAGUUGCUGUAGAAGGCCCUGGCAGCUGAACCUUCUUUUGGAACAACUGAUGGUGAGACGGAGAAAAAGUGAGGUCUUGGAGGAGCUCCCGGCCAAGCGCCGGCGACUUCUCCGGUUGCCUCUGUCGAACUCCUCCUGGAGAGACCUCUCCGACGACGAGCAAAAGGCCACGACCAACGCUGAACGCGUCGCUCUGCUGAAGUUGCAGGCAGCGGGCUCUUGGCUCAGAGAGAAGCUGGCGGAAGUUCUCCUUUCGAAAGAGGAUGGAUCGACGCCGCCUGUAACCCGACAAGCUCUGAUUGAAAAAUUCCAAAGCGAGUGCGAAGGGCCCAUGUUGGCGGUGAUCGGCAUCACGGCAUGCGCUGUUGGCAUCGAUUUGUCAGCCGCCAGCUUUUGCGUCUUCGUGGAGCUCCCCGAGAGCCCAGCCUGGCUUCUGCAGGCCGAAGACCGUCUCCACCGCCGUAGCCAGCAUCAGGCAGUGGAGGUGCUUUUGCUCUGCGCCAGUCCUCAGCACAGCGACUCUGGGAACGUGAUGCGAUGCUGCGAGGUGGAUCGAAACCGCUGGGCCGUCUUGGCCCGCCGGGUCAACGAGCUCACGGCGCUCCAGGCAAGCCUACUGAGGGCGAGCCUGCCCCAAAGCGUGCCAGCUGCGGCUUCUGCGGCUUCUACAGCUUCAGUGACCCUCAGCAAAGGAGAAGUGGAAGCUGCGGAGUCGCCCAAGAUUCACUUCGAAUUCGAGGUGUCGCCCCACACGCUGCGGCUGCACCCCUUCGAAAACAAGCAUCCGCUCGCCAUGAGCUUGCGCUUGGAUGCAAUCAAUGCGAUGGACGGACACUGCUCAGGCAGUUCGGAGCAGAGGUUUAGGCAGAGCCUCUACCAGCAGCUAUACCAGCAAGCACUCGACUUCCAGGCAGCUUGGAACCGUUUGACUCCGCUGCAACAAAAGAUGGCUCGGGGAAGGUCGUACAAAGCAGAGGAGUUGAGAGUUGAGCACUUCAAGCUGACACCGUCUUUGACGGGGUCGACCUCUCGCUUCCUGCGUAAAUCUGAUUCUGCUGAUUCCGAGGAGUCAGAGGGUCUCUUCUGCAAUGUCCAAGUUCGCUACCAGGGCCGCCUUAGUGGCAGAAGCGUGCAGUUUUUGCAGCCUGUGGCCCUCGUGCCUGCAAUGCCUGCAAGUGAUGCAAAUCCUGCAAGCGAGCAUGGUGAGCUCAUUCAACCCUUCAUGCUUUGUCUGGAGUGCCGAAAGCCCCUGCGACCAGUCCCGCAGCAGUCACAGCAGUUUUCUUUCGAGGGGCAAAGAAGGAUCUCCGUGGGUGAGGUUUCUGAAAGCAGCCUAUUCUGCAGCGGAGGCUGCCGAGGACGGUAUUUCGGGAAACGCAAUGGCACCGCCUUGCGGCGCCAGCUCUUCGCGCUGGAGCGUGGUGUCUGCCAGACCUGCGGCCUAGACUGCCAUGGGCUCUACCAACAGCUGCGAAAUUCCAAGGCCUGGCUCAAAGAGCUGGGGGCACUUGCAGCGAAGGCGGAGGCAGAGGCACAGAACGCGCACGGCCUUGUACACCUUGUACACCUUGUACACGGUGCACGGAGCGAACGGGGCGAACGGAGUAAUGAACGGAGUCCCGAGUUGGCGCUGUUCGAGCAUCUCAGCGGCCAAGCGCGCUCCUCUUCGGUUCGAGGACCUCGAGCAGUUCUUCACAAAACCCUUAGGGAAGGCGUCUUGUGGCAGGCGGACCACGUGGUGCCCGUUUGGCAAGGCGGCGGGGCCUGCGGCCUUGAGAAUCUGCAGACCUUAUGCGCGCGGUGCCACAGCCUCAAGACCGGAAAAGAGGCCAUCAGAAGACGGGCUCUCAAAACUCGUUUCGUUUUGAAAGCACCAAGAACAAGGAAAGCCCUUGAGGGCUUUUGGCCAGCCGGGCGCUUGCGCAACAUGCGCAGCUUCCAGAGCCUCCAGCCUUCCCCAGGCUCUCAGAGAAUCGAGCUUUGA